ACCUCCCAUCCCCGCCCACCCCGGCUGUGAACUCUCCCCGCAAAUGGCCAAAGCGAUGGAAGAUUAUGCGAUCGAGCAUUGUUGCGACUACAUGAAGGCCAAGAAUCUGCUUAGAGAUAAGACCCUCAUAGGAACGGACAUCACACCACUCUACGCACAUUCGUUCUUCUCUUCCGACUUUUGGACCCGAAUUCAAUCCCGAUCACGUACCUAUAGUCGACAGAUUCUUUGACAUUUUGGAAACGAAGCCAUAUACACGACAUCCAAGAGACCUGAAUUCAGCACCAGCCUCAAUGGAUCAUACUAACCCCGUUCACCUGUCUCAUCCGCAAUCCGAAAAGGACUUUCUGGCUCAAUACUACGCCAGGCUCUCCUUAGCGGACAUGGAUGCGGACAAAAAGUCUCCCAUUCCUGCAACUGCCCCUUCCGCUGUCACGGUUACACCUGAAGCGCCAGCCCAGCAAUCCCAGAUUGUCACAGAGACCACGGGCACGGGAGCCAUAGGCCUCACCAUCACCACAGUCACGGGCAUCGCGGGCACAUCCACGCGCACCAUAACCGGACCGGACGGAACCGUCCUCGUCCCACCUCCCAUCCCCGCCCACCCCGGCUGUGAACUCUCCCCGCAAAUGGCCAAAGCGAUCGAAGAUUAUGCGAAUGCAUGGGCCGACCAAGCCAUCGGGACGCAGCAGCCUCGUUCACGGUUGGACAGUGUAACCCCAAACGGGGAUUGGACCAGAAGGCACACAAGGGGUGCUCACUGAAGACAGGCGCUCACGGUGAGCAGAUACUCACUGGUGAGCAAGCACUCAAGAUGGACGAGCAACACCAGACAUUCAGGAUAUAAAGGGACGAUUGGAGAACUCAGAUUGUCAGAUAG